UACAUGAGAAUGCAUGAGGUCAUGGUCGUACAGCUCUGACGUUUUGCAGCCUAUGACGUCAAUGAUGGAAGCUUCUCCUAUUUGCUCGUUAACCUACAACAUGUAUUAAAGGAAAACGUAAAAUAAGACAAGAGUAAAUUUUCAUUUCUACAACACAGCUACCAUUUGAAUUAAGACCAUAGCAUCUAUAGGAAGACCAAUUCAACCAUCCACCAUUUUUCACCAACUCCUAUCAAACAAACCACACACAGCCAAAUCAACCACCAUGUCGAGCAAAGCACCCAGCGAAGGAACCAAAGUCACCGCCGGCCGAAACGCCCCCGUCACUAGCGAGGGACCCGGUUUCGUAUCCCAAGACUCGCUCGCCGCGGAAUCCCAGUCUUUCCGCCAGGCCAAUGAGGUCGCGCCCCAGGACCAGCACAAAGAAGACCAGUCCCGCCAGUCAGUUCCGAAGCCCCACGAAGGCGGCGUCCACCAGAAUGCCUCUAAGUCAUCGGGCGCCACCAGUGCCGGCACAGCACCGACGUAUGUACAGAGCCAGUACAUCAAGGACCGGGGGGGCCCGCACGGCAAGAAUUUGACGGAGGACGAAAGUAUCGGAACCGAGGAUAGGGAGAAGAACGCUAGCUUCUCGGAGUUCGGCACGAAGGCUGACCCCGGCAGGGCGGCGGAGCAGAAGUUUACGCUUAGAGACACGGCGAAUGCGGGUUCGACUGGUGGACGAGAGAAGGGUGUUGAUGGACAGCAGCCGUAUGAAGUGUUGGGUUCGAAUGCGGAGGCUUGAAGAUUGCGAGUGAACACCUAAGAGAUAUAAAAUGAACUCACGGUAUACCUGAGAUGUUUAGUCUGCCAGAGAUCUAGAAGUUCAUCGUCCACUCAGAGCAAAUUCUGGCUCAGAAAAGCUUAGCUCAUGUAUACCGUGAUCAUAGAUAGAUAAGUCGAGAAUCAUAUUCGCAAUGUCGUUAUGAAACUCUAUUCAGUACCUACCUACCUAGGUAUUUAUUUUGUACUUUACACGAACGGUGCACUCACACUAUAUUUUACGUGAAUGUGUGUGUAAUAUGACAAAGGGAUCUGGACUAUCUAAAUGACCCAAUAUUAAGAAUGACGAGAAGGGUUAAGUCUAGAUAGAGAACUCCUAUGAAAUUGUGC